GGAAGAUGAGGAAAAGCAUCUGUUUCAAGGGGCAAUUGGCAUGGCAACUGAGCUGAUGAACCCAGAGAGCCAGUCUUGGGACCAUAGGAAUUCUUAGUCAAGACCAUGAAUCUCAAGUGUACUCUGUUCCAAGACCAGGGUGAAAGGGAAUCCCGGGAUUUAGGUCAUCUUUCUACUUUUCCUUUCCUUUUCCAUCUCCCUAUUUUACCCUGGCAACAGAUAUGAUUUAUGGUGCCCCUGACAGCCUAUCUGUCAGCUAACCCCACACAAUAGAAUAGAGUAGGUUAAGCCAGGGGCCUGGGCUGACACAGGACGCUCUGCCUGGGGCUCCAGCUGGCUCCCACAUCCCAAACUUAUUUUGCUGUGCUUGAAUGUUUUUGGCAGGGAGAGGGAGGCAGACAUGGGAAGGGGAAACACCCUGCUGGUGCCACCUACUAUUGAUGGUAUAAAUAAAAAGUCAGGGGACCGCAGCUUUGUACUUUCCAUUCUGGAAGCAGCUCCAGAAGUAUUCCACAAGCUUAGUGGCAGGCAUCAUGAGUUGUAGACAAAGUUCAUCCUACUCCUUGCAAUCCCGCAGCGGUGGGGGAGGAGGAAGCAUGAGAGGUUCUGGAGGGGGAAGCUACAGCAUGCGAUCUUCUUCAAGCCGAUAUGGAUCUUCUGGGAUGGGAGGAGGAGGAAGAUUUUCUUCUGGCAGCAAUUAUGGCAGUGGUGGUGGCAGUGGUGGGGGAUCCUGUGGCAUGCGGAGUGGAAGCAGCUCCAGUUUUGGGGGUGGCUAUGGUGGUGGUAUGGGGGGCUCUAGCUAUGGAAGUCACUCAAGUAGUGGAUAUGGUAUGUCCAAAGGCUAUGGUGGGAGUUCUGGGGGCUUUAGCAGUGGCUCUUAUGGAGGCUUUGGUGGUGGCAUGGGGAGCAGUAGCAUGGGGGGCUUUGGAGGUAGCACAGGGGGUUUUGGUAGUGGCACAGGGGGUUUUGGUGGUGGCCUAGGAGGCGGUAUGGGGAGCAGUGGCAUGGGGGGGUAUGGUGGUGGUGCAGGAGGAGGUGAUGGUCUCUUGAAUGGUGGAGAGAAGGUUACUAUGCAAAACCUCAAUGAUCGACUGGCUUCCUACCUGGACAAGGUGCGUUCCUUGGAGGAUAGCAAUGGUGACCUGGAGGCUAAGAUUCGGAAUUGGUAUGACACCCAUGGUCCUCAGUCAGCCAGAAAGGACUAUUCUCAAUUCUAUGACACCAUUAAUGAUCUCAAGGACCAGAUUCAGAAUGAGACAUUAGACAACAACAAAGUCAUCCUGGAUCUGGACAACACCCGCAUGACACUUGAUGACUUCAGAAUGAAGUAUGAGAUGGAGAUGAACCUAAGACAAGGAGUGGAAGCAGAUUGCAAUGGAUUGCGCUCUGUACUGGAUGAUCUGACCUUGCAAAAGGCUGACCUUGAGAUGCAAUAUGAAACUCUACAGGAUGAAAUGCAAUCCCUCAAGAAGAACCAUGAAGAGGAGAUGAAUGGAUUAACUGGACAGAAUAGUGGUGAUGUCAGUGUAGAAAUGAACGCUACUCCUGGUGUGGAUCUGACCCAGACCCUGAAUGAAAUGCGUGAAAAAUAUGAGGAUCUUGUAUCAAAGAACCGCAAAGAUAUUGAGAGUCGGUUUGAGUCCCAGAUGACUCAAAUAAGCCAGGAAGUGACAACCAGCAGCCAACAGAUAGAGAGCAGCAACAAGGAAUUGACUGAAGCCCGACAUAACUUCCAGAGCCUGGAGAUAGAAUUACAGUCCCAACUCAGCAUGAAAUCUGCCCUGGAGAAGACUCUGGAGGAUAUGAAGGGGCAAUACUGUAGCCAGCUAGCCCAGAUCCAGGCCCAGAUCAGUGAAAUGGAAGCCCAGCUGAGUGAGAUUCGAGGAGAGAUAGAAUGUCAGAACCAGGAAUACAGUAACCUGCUGGAUGUCAAGACACGACUAGAGAAAGAAAUUGCUACCUACCGGAAUCUACUGGAGGAAGGACAGCAAGAUUUUGACUCAGGUUCUGGAUCUGGAAGGAGACAAGGAGGCAGAGGGGGCAGUGGAGGCAGAGGGGGCAGUGGUUAUGGUGGUGGAAGUGGAGGCAGUGGAGGUGGAUAUGGUGGUGGAAGCGGAAGCGGAGGCAGUGGAGGUGGAUAUGGUGGUGGAAGCGGAAGCGGAGGCAGUGGAGGUGGAUAUGGUGGUGGAAGCGGAAGUGGAGGCAGUGGAGGUGGAUAUGGUGGUGGAAGUGGAAGUGGAGGCAGUGGAGGUGGAUAUGGUGGCGAGAGUGGCAGUGGAGGAAGAGGUGGCAGUGGGUAUGGCGGAGGAAGCGGAAGUGGAAGUGGAGGCAGUGGAGGUGGAUAUGGUGGCGAAAGUGGCAGUGGAGGAAGAGGUGGCAGUGGGUAUGGUGGAGGAAGCGGAAGUGGAAGUGGAAGCAAAGGUGGCAGCAGUGGUGGAAGUGGAGGUGGAUAUGGUGGCGAGAGUGGCAGCGGAAGCAGAGGUGGUAGCGGCUCUGGAGGUGUCAAGUCCUCCCAAUCUGGCUCUUCCAUUUUCCAAUCCUAGACUGGCAGUGAUGAUUCAUAAGUGUCCCAGAAGAGAUAUUAAACUCCUUGAGAAAUUCCUCAUUUACCUCCAUUUGAGCUACUUCUGGGCAGUCCCUGGAGGAGGUAAUAGCAUUCCAUUUGGAAUUCAGGACCAGCAGACAAUACUGAGAACAUUGGGAAUAGUAUCCUGUGGUGGCUGAGGAUCCCCACAGAGGGAUCCUUGUCUGCCUGUCUGCCUGCUCCAUUGUUUACCCUGAACUCCCCUUGACCCACAUUUCUGUGCAGAAUUGUGAGAUGUUUUACUCUCUGCCCAACUUUUGUUUCCUAAUAAAG